GCGGGGGCGCGCGGCUCGGAGCGGCCCCGCCGCGUCGGGCCCCGCGAGUGUGUGCACAGCGUCCCCGGGCGUGUCGGGAGCCGGUCCUGCGCGGCGCCGCGGCCGAGCACCGAGAAGGACCAGUGGUGUCACGAUGCUGCCUCUCAGCACGGUCGAGGGUGAGGACACCGAGGAGGUGAAGACCAAGCCACCGGAGAAAGGAGCCCUGCUUUCUGAGAACACUGAUGAUCCGCCAAAGAAGCCCUCCAGGAUGAAGGGAAGAAUGUCACUCAAAAUCCUGCCCUUCUGUCCCCUGCCAAGCUUUUGCUUCACCUAUUACCUGGAACCGGAUGACUCUGACUCCGAUUCGGAAACUGCUCCUGAGCCCUUGAAGCCGGAUUCAAAUUGCACAGUCAUUCCUAUUGUUGGUUUAGAUUUUAAGGAAAUCAAGGUGUGUGAAUGUCCCCUGUGCUGUCUCACCUUUUUCUCUGCUUCCUACUGCAUCAGCGCCGUGACGCGCGCCGGUGGUGGCACAGGCCGUCUCCGCCACCUGACUCGCGUUCGGAGGCGGGGGCGGGGGCGGGGGCGCGCGGCUCGGAGCGGCCCCGCCGCGUCGGGCCCCGCGAGUGUGUGCACAGCGUCCCCGGGCGUGUCGGGAGCCGGUCCUGCGCGGCGCCGCGGCCGAGCACCGAGGAGGACCAGUGGUGUCACGAUGCUGCCUCUCAGCGCCGUCGAGGGCAAGGACACUGAGGAGGUGAAGACCACGCCACCGGAGAAAGGAGCCCUGCUUUCUGAGAACACUGAUGAUCCGCCAAGCAAGCCCUCCAGGAUGAAGGGAAGAAUGUCAUUCAAAAUCAUGCCGAUCUGCCCCCUGCCAAGCUUUUGCUUCACCUAUUACCUGGAACCGGAUGACUCUGACUCCGAUUCGGAAACUGCUCCUGAGCCCUUGAAGCCGGAUUCAAAUUGCACAGUCAUUCCUAUUGUUGGUUUAGAUUUUAAGGAAAUCAAGGUGUGUGAAUGUCCCCUGUGCUGUCUCACCUUUUUCUCUGCUUCCUAAACCUGACAUCCCUCUGCUUCCUGCUCUCAACUGGGUGCCCCUGAACCCUGCAUGCUGGGCUGCUGUGAUGUCAAAUUCCAAAGUGCAGCUGCUUAAAUAAAUCAGACGUGAUAUCUCUC